AUGUCGCCUAGCCCAGAGAAGUCCAAACCAACAGCAGGUGAUCCCAAGCAGAGGCAGAAGUCGCCUAGCCCGGAGAAGUCCAAACCAACAGCAGGUGAUCCCAAGCAGAGGCAGAAGUCGGCUAGCCCGGAGAAGUCCAAACCAACAGCAGGUGAUCCCAAGCAGAGGCAGAAGUCGGCUAGCCCGGAGAAGUCAAGAGCAGCAGCAGGUGAUCGCAAGCAGAGGCAGAAGUCGGCUAGCCCGGAGAAGUCAAGAGCAGCAUCAGGUGAUCGCAAGCAGAGGCAGAAGUCGCCUAGCCCGGAGAAGUCAAGAUCAGCAGCAGGUGAUCGCAAUGAGAAGUCGCGCAGCCCUGUGCGGUCCAGAGUGCCAGUCAAGCAAGAGGACAUGUCUGACACGGUGGCAGCGUGCAUGGAUGCAUUCCUGGGCGAGGUCAAGUUGAGCUCGGUGAAGAAGCGCAUGGCCCGGAUGUUCGCGCCACGGGCGGACGGAACAUUUUUGGUUCCGAAGGAGCUGGUGGAGCAGUAUAAGGACCUGAAACAGCGUGCCGAGCUCGAAAAAAAGUUCCUGAAAGCUGGUCUGGACAAGGACCUCUUCGUCAAGCGCUCCGUGAAGAGAAUUAAGCGCAGGGAGUCUGAGUCGGAGCUUUGGGUUAGUGGCCAGUUCGUGAGCGACAGCGACAUGGUCGAACUUGGCCUGUCGGAGAAGCGGCGGAAAGCCGUUCAUGCCGAGUGUGCCAAGAUGCGGGGAUGGAUCAGGCGCGACCGGUACGAGCCUGACGUGAAGCUCUACUGGUUGGAGAAAUCCGUGGAAGGAAAGGUGCUGAAGCGCAAGCGGGAGAUCUACGAGGAAUGUGACAGUGAUGCUGACUACGAGGCCAGCGAUGAGGAGAACGACAUGGAUGUCUUCAGCAUGUCGUGGGGUGGCCUUGGCGAAGGAGGCAAUGAUGCAAACGUGGCUGGAGCUGACCGCGAGGCUGAUGUUAGAAAGAGGAUGAAGGCCAUAAGCUUUCCGGAAAUGGAUGCGGAUGGCCUCCCUUCGACCUACAUCGUCAAGGUGGUUGCCUGCCUUGCAAAGUGGACCACGAGAACGGACGGUGUCGUUGACUCCUUGGACCAGUACAAGAAGUCCGAGAAAACGGAGAGGAAACUCGGUCUGUCUUUAGCUGGUAGGCAGCAAGAUGAGCUGAAGAAGAUCUUCGACACGGGGAAGAAGCAGCUGCCUGUCGUUGCUGACCUGGAGAAAACAAACUUUGCGCAGGGAGCGAUUGUGUUUGACCUGGCCAGCUCCAAAUUGGCUUCGAGCAUACUGUCGCAUUCUGAACUUUGCAUCAGGAGCAUCUCUUCCAAACACCCGGCUUUGUACAAAAUUGGUGUGACCAGAAACCCUGUGUGUCGAUGGCUGCACACUGGGUACGGGUACAAGCUGGAUAGGCACGUCCACUGGGAGAGGAUGACCGUUCUGCAUGUGCACUGUAACGCUGAUGUUAUUUGUCUCCUGGAAGCAGCGCUGAUACGGAUUUUCUUUAAUGCUCCAGGCUGUCGCAAUAUCCGCUUGGGUGGAGAGGGCAUUGACGAGCAGAGUUCGGGGCCAUUUUUCUGCUAUGUUGUCCAGCGUGUUCUUGUCCAACCGUGCGUCGAGGCAUUGAGCUUCACCACUGGGGUCGCUCCGAUGCUCCAGUAUUUGAAGACGCAGAAGAAGAAGGAUGAGGAUUCCGCCUCGAAGCGGGCACCAGCAACCUCUGUGACAGCUCACCAGAGGGCCAUGGUCCUGCAAAAGGGUGUGGAAGCCACCCGAGAAGAGCUUGGUGGUGUUUUAGGAACGUCUGAGCAGAAUUCUGCUAGACACGUGGAGAAGAUCGUUGUCAAGUUUGGCCUUCGACCUCGUAUCCCAAUUUCAUAUCACACCUUGAUUGUUGAUAGUGAGAACUACACUGUGCCCUACCUGGCCCCGAAAGACAUGCUUUCCUAUCUGUUGAGCUACAAUGCUGAUCUGGUUUUGGGAGGGUAUGCUGCGUCCGAUCCAGCUGCGAACCGUGGCCUAGCGCUUUUUUGGGGCCGAUAUCGUGACAUGCAUCCCUCGCACGCUGUGUUUGGGGCACCUGCUGAACGCCUGCGCUGGACAAUACCGAUCAGCCUGCAUGGAGAUGGAGGUAGGACACAAAAAAAGCGACUCGGUGGCACUUUCGGAAAGUUGCAGCCUUUGGAGGUCAUCAGCUUGGAGCCUACCCUGGGCAUCGGACGUGUAGAACCCAAACCCUGCACCUGUGCAGAACCGGUGCUUCAGAUCGGUCAACAAUGCAACGGGAAGUUCCACUCUUACUUGACCCGCUUCCUUGUUGUUGCCUAUCCUAAAAAGCAGUGGCCCGAGGAGCUUCUAUCGGACAUUUUCAAACUUUUGUCAAACCAGCUACGAGAACUAUUUGAGAAUGGGCUUCUGGUGAAUGGCCGGCGGUUUUACUUUGGAAUUCUGGGAAUGAAAGCUGACUUCGAGUUCCAGUGUGCCUGCUUGCGCGACGCUGGGUUGAACAGAAGUUACGAGCACGUCGGACGGGCAAAAGACAUAGCUGUCUGCAUUGAAUGUGAGGCUGGGUUUCCAGAAAUCCCUUUUGAGGACGCCAAUAGAAAUGCUGCGUGGACUAAGACCAUUGGGAAGUCCGCUCCAUGGGAACGGCUUCCGAGUUUUGCACAAAUGCCCUUCGACAAUUGGCACUCCUUUCCAUCGCGGGCCCCUCAAUUCUUUCGCAGGGACCCAUUUCACGUCUUCAGGCUGGGAUUCUUGGCUUUUCCAGCAUAA